AUGUCUGGUGUUAGCGAGGACGUUGGGCAUACCUUAGUGCACUUCUUAUACACAGGUGGCUACGAGACCCUUGACGAAGGCACAUUAGAUCUCGCCAGAGAAUAUAAGAGGAGCGUUUUAGUAUACCAUGCGUCAAGGAAUUGGGGCCUUACUGGUCUUAAAGUUCUUGCUCAGCAAAAGAUGCAGCACUUAGAUAAGGAGCUUCCUAUUCUUGAAAUACUGCGGGUCACGAGGGAUGUGUUUUCAAGCCUCCCCGAAGGUGAAACUUGGCUUCCAGGUUACAUUCAAGGAAACCUGCAGCGGUUAGUAAAGCCGCAUGAUCCAGAGCUUGGUUUAUGCGGAUUUUACGAUAUUAUCGGCCAAGAUCAUCGGUUUGAUAAUGCGGUGAUGAAAAUGAUUUUCGAGAUACUAUCUAUUCACAUAUCUUACAUGAAAUAUCAGCACGAGCCUGAGCCCGAGCCCGAGCCUGAGCCUGCCUUCGAGCCUGAGCCUACCCCCGAGCCUGAGCCUUGGCCCGAAGAGCCUGAGCCCGAGCCUAUCCCCAACGAGCUCCCUGCUGAAGGGGAUAGCGAACUUCGGACCUUUUCCCGAGUGCCUGCUGAUGCUGACGGCGGGCCGUGCGCUUCUUUGUUGCCCAGAGAUACGCCUAAUGCCGAAAUAUUACAAGAGGCUCCUGCUCAGUGCCACAUAGCGAGGAUGUCAUGCUCGGACUUAAAGCUGUAUGAAAAUUGGGGAAAUUUGUCUUCAAAGAAAAGAACUAAACAGGUUAACAAGCUGAGGUCUAGAGGACUUCCUGUCCCAAGCCAGGCUGGUUUCAUUUCAAUAGUUGAAAAUUGA